GUGAAUGUCGGCUGCGUGCCCAAAAAGGUCAUGUGGAACACCGCCGUCCACUCAGAGCUCAUUCACGACCAAGAGGAUUACGGUUUCCAGAGCUGUGAUGCUAAGUUCAAUUGGCGAGUUAUCAAGGAGAAGCGGGAUGCCUACGUCAGCCGGCUGAACACCAUCUAUCAGAACAACCUCACCAAGUCCCAAAUAGACAUCAUUCGGGGCUAUGCAACCUUCACAAGUGACCCUGAGCCCACCGUGGAGGUGAAUGGGAAGAAAUACCGCGCUCCCCACAUCCUGAUCGCCACAGGGGGCUUCCCAACCCUUCCCAGUGAAGACCAGAUCCCCGGGGCCAGCUUGGGCAUGACCAGCGAUGGCUUCUUCGAGCUGGAAGACUUACCCAGGCGCAGCGUGAUCGUGGGUGCCGGCUACAUUGCUGUGGAGAUAGCUGGCAUCCUCUCGGCCCUCGGCUCUCGGACGUCACUGAUGAUACGUCACAACAGGGUGCUUCGAUCUUUUGACUCGAUGAUCAGCUCUAACUGCACUGAAGAACUAGAGAACGCGGGCAUUGAGGUCCUGAAGUACUCCCAGAUCAAGGAAGUGAAGAAGGCCUCGUCAGGCUUGGAGCUGACCGUGGUGACGGUGGAGCCCGGUAGGAAGCCCACCUUCUCCACGAUCUCGGACGUGGACUGCCUGCUGUGGGCCAUCGGGCGCACCCCCAACGUCAGGGGCUUGAACCUGAACAAGCUGGGUGUUCAGACCGAUGGUGAAGGGCACAUCCUGGUCGAUGAAUUCCAGAACACCAGCAGACAGGGCGUCUAUGCUGUCGGGGACGUGUGUGGGAAAGCUCUGCUUACUCCAGUCGCCAUCGCCGCGGGAAGGAAGCUUGCCCAUAGACUUUUUGAAUGCAAAUUGGACUCCAGGCUAGACUAUGAAAACAUUCCGACUGUUGUCUUCAGUCACCCGCCGAUUGGAACGGUGGGACUCACGGAAGAUGAAGCCAUUUCUAAGUAUGGGAAAGAAAAUGUGAAGAUCUAUGUGACCGCCUUUACCCCCAUGUACCAUGCGGUGACUAGAAGGAAAACCAAGUGUGUGAUGAAGAUGGUGUGUGCCCUCCAGGAAGAGAAGGUGGUGGGGAUCCACAUGCAGGGAAUCGGGUGCGACGAGAUGCUUCAAGGCUUUGCGGUGGCUGUGAAGAUGGGGGCCAGAAAGGCCGACUUUGACAACACGGUGGCCAUCCACCCAACCUCUUCGGAAGAGCUGGUCACGCUCCGCUGAGAGAGGCAGACCCUUGGGGACCACUGCCAGGUGCCUCUUUUCUCCUUCCUCUUUUGUAGACUGUAAAUUUCAGUCCAGUUCCCUUAUGGUCACAGAGAUUUUCAAUAAAUAGUAGACAUGA